AUGGACGACAGCUCCAAAGAGGCGCUGAUGGAGGAGGCACCUCCGAGGUACACGGAGUCCCCGCGCCUGCCCUGCAUCCCCAACGAGCUCAGGAGCCUCCUGCUGAUGGCCGUGCUGGUGGUGGUGGCCCUGGUGGUGGUCAACGUCACCUUCCUCCUCCUCGGGCUGCACCUCAGCGAGUCACACGCCGAGACGGUGCUGCGAAUGACCAUCCACGGGCUGGAUGGCGAGGGGACCCCGCAACAGCUCGCCAUGAGCAAGAAGGAGAGGACCGGGACGUUCGCGGUGCGGGACGGGCUCAACGCGUCGGCCACGGUGGUGUACGACUACAGCAAGCUGCUGGUCGGAUACAGGUCCUGGCGUCACCGCGCCUGCUACAUCACCCGCGUGGACAAGGACAACUUCCCGGGGCUGGACGCUGUCACCGAGACCUUCCGGCGCCGGCAGGAUGAGGAGGGAGGGGACAAGGCCGUGGCUCUGGCUGACCGCUCCAUCCUGGGCACCACCAUCAACAUCCUCUGCAGCGCCGUCCCCGUGUACUGGGCGUAGGAGCAGCGACACGGGGAUGUCACUGUCCCCCACGCUGCCAUCCAGGCGGGACACCCGGGAAUGUCCCCUCGUCCUCCUCGUCCCCAUCCCGGGGACAGCCACCCCGCCAUGGGGGUGCUCCAUCUGCUGUCACUCGGCACCGCGGCUUUCCCGAUGCUCUCGCCAUAAAAAAACAAAAGUGGGAUUUGCUUUGGGAUUUGCU